GAUUCGUAUUUAGCUUCCCCGACUACCAUCUUGGACCCCGUGCAACGUCCUUGUUCCUUGUAGUGCUUGUAGCAGACGGCGCAGGCGUGAAUCCUCUUCAUCGAGGCAGUGGUGAAAUUUUCGUUGAAAAAAAAGUAGUAGACGACCGGUGACACGAAUUAAAAAUGGCCACUCUCGCACGUACACUUCGGCCCUUCUUGAGGUCCGUUCGGGGCCAGAUCAGAAAUUAUGCUGAAGCUUCUGGCAGCGAUAUGAAGUUUACCUUUGCCGGAGCAAACCAGGUUUUCUAUGAAUCUGCCGAUGUUAAGCAAGUAGACGUGCCAUCAUUCUCAGGAGCCUUCGGCAUCCUUCCCCAUCACGUACCCACUUUGGCUGUCCUGAAACCAGGAGUCGUCACCGUUCAUGAACAGAGUGGAGAGAUCAAAAAAGUAUUUGUUUCCUCGGGUACUGUUACAAUUAACGAAGACUCCAGUGUUCAGAUUCUCGCUGAAGAAGCUCAUCUCGUUGAGAAUUUGGACGGUUCAGCAGCUCGUGAUAUCCUGAGCAAGGCUCAACAGCAGCUGAGUUCUGCCUCGUCGGAAGUGGAAAAAGCUGAAGCUGCAAUCGCAGUGGAAGUUGCUGAGGCACUUGUUGCAGCAUCUGCAUAAGCUUCAUUAGAAGAUUCGAAAAAACGUGAAAAGAAAUUUGAAUUCGCUACAGAGUCUUUAGCAAUUAGAAAUGUUAAUGAGCCAUCUGCCGUGAACGAUCAAGCGUUGUUACACACUACUGUAUAAAUAAUACGAUCAUUUCGCCUGUGUAAA